AUGUGCUUCCACGGCGCGGUGGUUGACAUCCGCAUGCACAAGGAGUUCAGCAUCAACCCGACGCGCGAGCCGGCGGGGCACUCCAUGCCGGAGUUCACCAAGUUCCUCCACGAGACCUUCUCGCUGCCGCGCGAUGCGCCGGUAAGCUUCAAGCCCGGCGACGAGACGAUGAAGCCGCGGAUGAUGGUCAUCUCGAGGCGGCACCCUCGCAAGCUGAUGAACGUGGACGAGGUGGUGCGAGCGGCGGAGCGCGUGGGGUUCGAGGUGGUGAUCGACCACCCGCCGAUGGAGCACAUCGGGAAGGUGUACUUCGGCGAUCCGACGGAGGACAUGCAGCUCAAGUACAUCGCCUACUCCGCCGGCGUCGACGAGAGCACGCUGGUGGAGACGCUGGGCCGCGACCACCCGGCGGUGCGCGUCCCGGAGUCGGUUCACCAGAGUGGAUUGGGGAAGGUCGCCGAGCACCACCUCGGCAAGCAGGACAUCCGGCUCGACCUCGCCCGCUUUGAGCCCGUCCUCCGCAGCGCCAUGGAUCUCCUCAAAGAGAACUAG